AUGGGACUCUUAGAUGAUCCAGAACUGCAGCCUGUCCUGUUUGGACUGUUCCUGUCCAUGUAUCUGAUCACAGUGCUUGGGAACCUUCUCAUCAUAUUGGCUGUCAGCUCUGACUCCCAUCUCUACACCCCAAUGUACUUCUUCCUCUCCAAUCUGUCAUUGGCUGAUAUUGGUUCAAUCUCUACCACUAUCCCCAAGAUGAUUGUGGAUAUUCUAACUCAGAGCAGAGUCAUCUCCUAUGUGGGCUUCCUGACACAGAUGUCUUUUUUUCUGAUUUUUAUAUGUAUGGAUGAUAUGCUUCUGACAGUGAUGGCCUAUGACAGAUAUAUGGCCAUCUGUCACCCCCUACAUUACUCAGUCAUUAUGAACCCUCGCCUUUGUGUCUUCUUAGCUUUGGCAUCAUUUUCAGUCAGUAUUUUGGAAGCCCUGAUGCACAAUUUGGUUGCAAUACAAAUUACCAAAUUUAAAGAUGUGGAAAUUUCUAAUUUCUUCUGUGACCCUUCUCAUUUAGUUAGUCUUUCUUGUUCAAACACCUUUUCCAAUAAGAUAUUUAUGUAUUUUAUAGGCAUAAUAUAUGGUUUACUACCACCCUCAGGAAUUCUUUUCUCAUAUUACAAAAUUAUUUCUUCCAUUCUCAGGAUCCAUCAUCAGGUGGGAAGUAUACACCUAAAAACCUAG